UUUCGCAAGCUGUUUUGCUAUGGCCAACCCAGUAACUGCCGACUUGCUUCGAUGACGGGAAAAUGGGUAGAAAUGAGCCAAGGAAAGACGGAGAUGUCUCGUCUUUCUUUCGAGGCUCUUCUCGCGGCGGGACACUGUCCCUUUUAUAUUCUUGCCCUCUGCCUGAGGUCAUCUAAUAGACUCUAUCGGGUGCCUGCCUACGUGAGGUAGUUUGCUCACUGGAUCCUCUUGUUGGUCCUGUUCCCUUAUCUCCGCAUUCCGUUUGUUUCUCUCUCUCUCCUGUCUGCAUCUAUCCAUCCUUUCAUUAGACAUGUCGGGAAAACAUGACUUGGUGUUUCUUCUUUGGCUUACAUACCCGCCUAUCUGGCCCUCCACUACCUGCAUCUGCCCCUCUUUGGUCAUUGGUCAUGUCAAGAUAAAGUCGCGACAGAAUGAGACUUUUCAGCCAAGGUUCCAUCUCUCACUAAAAUGAUUUUUGUUGUUUUCAUCCCAACCCCACUUCAAGUCUCUCGUUCGCCACUUUCGCUAUGAUCAUUCAAGACUUCAUGAGCGCUAAUAAUUUGACUCUAUGUGGGAGGGAAAAAGUAUCAUCUAUUUUGAAGCACGUUUCUCUUGUCGCUUGAUAUCAUCGCCAUUCAUCUAUCAGCACACGCACUACAUAAUUUACAUCUCGUAGUGGCAUCUAUUUUUACAUUUUGUUAUCCAAGUAUCGGUAGCAUGUGAGGAAUUACAGUCGGCUUCCAGGGAGCGACUCAUCCGCCAUCCAAACAGCCUUGCCUUGGUCAUUCACUGCCGUCUUGCGAGCGAUAAUCUCUUUGGCGACCUCAGCGAUGCCUUGGCGUCCAUUGCGCGAGGACGCAAUUUUGUUGGCCAGCUGCUCCUGGGUAUAUGUGCCCCUUGACAGAAUUUCCUCGAUCUCCUUCUCAGAUGGCACACCAAGUUCCCGGUGAGGGUAUUCCUUGAAUGUGCGAUCGGUGAAAAGGGCUAGUUCAUUAUUGGAGUCGUACUCAAAGAAGGGCUUGGCCACGUUUGUGCCUCCAAUCGCCUCGAGUGACUCAGGCUGCCACUUGGGCGCCUCCUUUCGGAUGAGCAGUGCUGAUACACCCUCGGUGAAGUCGGGAUGCUGCAUGAACUUGGUGGCAAUCUGGUGCUCCCUCUUAAAUGUUUCAGCGAUAUCCCACUCACCACCUACACGCAUCUGGCGAAGAGCCACAUGCACAGCUGUAGGUGAUCGCUUGUGUAGCGUCUUGAGCUGCUUCUGCGCCCACUCCUCAGUUGGACCCCGCUCAGCCUGCAAGGCAGCAAUGAUCUCGCUGACGGUGUGCUUGUUAAAGCAUCGGUCGAUUGCCUGGCGAACCUCGCCGCUCAGGGUUAUGGGCUGGUCGUACGGAAGACCGGUACAGAAUUCUUCAAGAGUUUGAUUGAUGAGUGCCAGUCGUUCAGGCAAACCGUCGCUGUCCCGGAACCGCAGUUCGGCUAGACGUGCCUCUAGAUCAGGCAAGCUGGUUGAAUGCAGGUAGUGGGUGGCAAUACCCGAGUAGAAGACGUUGGGGCCAGUGAGUCGCUCGCUGGUAAGCGCAAGGAAGGUUCCGACAGAUCCGUUCAUUCGAGGAAGAAAGAACGAAGCCCCAACAUCGGGGAAGAAUCCAAUUGUAGUCUCGGGCAUGGCAAAGACAGUCUUCUCGGUCGCGAUCCUGAAAGGGGCAUGGGCACUCAAACCAACACCACCUCCCAUAGUGAUACCAUCCAUGAAAGCGAUGUAGGGCUUCUUGUAUGUCGCAAUGUAGUGGUCCAGCUUAUAUUCGAGGGCGAAGUAUUGUGCCGAUUUCUGCCAACCGUCCUCACUCUCCGAGUUGAGCUUGGCGAGCGCAGUAACGUCACCUCCAGCGCAGAGGGCCUUUUCGCCGGCACCCUUCAUAACGACAACAUUGGCGAGAUCAGACUUUUCCCAUUCGAUUAGUCGGGGCACGAUCUUUCGAAUCAUCGAGGCAUCGAGUGAGUUGAGCUUCUUCGGCCGGUUGAGCAUGACGGUUCGUAGACCAUACUUGCUCUCGAAAACUACAUCAUUUGGAUCAUCCCCUCGCUUCUCUCGGAUAUUGGUGGCUUCCGACGAAAGCUAUGACAUGAAAUUAGAAUUCAUAGCAACAGAGACCCCGGUAAUUGUGUUCACCUGUCGUGCACCAAGCGAGGAGCUCAGAAUUUUUGAUUGCUGGACCAUAUUGAAGAUUCUUGGUGAGCUCCGACUUGCAACAUUAGCUGAGGCGCAAGCUCGGACUGACAAAGUUCGAAAUGGCAUUGUAUGAGAAGAAGAAUUAGCGAUGCGCACAUGCGAUCGACAUGCGCAUCGAGGUGAAGGAAGAGGGGGUAUAAGAUGGCUUGGAGUCUUGUCCGAGGUCCGCGGCAAUGCUUUUCUUAACCGUCCGCAAUAAGCCGCCUACAUACCAAGGUUCGCAGCCACACUUUUGAUGGAGGAUUUGCUCUCUACUAUCGUCACAUGACUUCUCAUGAAGCUCGAAAAAUGGGUCUAUGCCAUCAGCCAAUCAGACACGUGCUCCAGCUCGUGGUCAACUUUUUGAGCUAGGUAUGUACAGAGUAUUGUAUCUGGGCUGCAGCCUUGCGCGCAUCUCCAACAUCCCAAACUAUCAGAUUAUUUCCAAGAUGUCGACGGACCCCAAGAUUCAGGAGCUUCUUAGCAAGUCGCGCAAUGAACUCACUGAGUACGAGAUUGCCCAGCUAGAAGAACACGAGUUCUCUGCCGGCCCUCUAUCUAUCCUUCAGACCGCCGUUCGAUCGCACGUGCAAGUGCUCAUCUCCAUCCGCAACAACCGCAAGCUCCUUGCGCGUGUCAAAGCCUUCGAUCGCCAUUGCAAUAUGGUGCUGGAGAAUGUGAAGGAGAUGUGGACAGAGACCCCUCGGUUAGCAAACGGGAAGAAGGGUCGCCCGGUGAACAAGGAUAGAUUCAUCAGCAAGAUGUUCCUACGAGGCGAUAGCGUCAUUCUGGUUCUUCUCAGCUAAUGGUUCACUACUGUCAUGAUUUGGGGGCGGUGAGAGCUCGAGUUUGAGAAUGGGAUUUUUGUAUGUCUUACGGGCAAGACUCACAGGGACUACAUAGGCGUUGAAAACAUGUUGAUUUCCCCAUACCAUAUUCUGUUCAUUACAUGUGUUAUCAAUAUUUGCACACUGCCG